AUGAUUCGCAAACAGGCGCGACAGCGCCGCGACUAUCUCUACAGGAAGGCGCAGAUGCUGAAAGACGCAGAAACCAGCGAGAAGCGUGCCAAGUUGCGUUCCGCACUCGCCGCCGGAAAACCGCUCGAUCCCGAAAUCGCACGAGACAAGACGCUUCGCAAGGAUUUCCAGUAUGAUCAGGCCAAGCCAGAGCUUAGUGUACAGGAGGAGAUGGAUUUGGACGACGAGUACUCAAUGCUGAGCGGCAUUUCAGAGCCCAGAGUCCUCGUCACGACCUCGAGAGAUUGUUCCAGCCGCCUCGCCGCUUUUUCGAAGGAAAUAAGGUUGCUCCUGCCGACAUCCGUACGCCUCAAUCGUGGAAACCUGAUUCUCCCAGAUUUAGUGCAGUCUUGCAAAUCCAACGCAUUGACUGACCUCGUCCUACUACACGAACAUCGCGGAAAUCCCACAGCACUGACAAUCAGUCACUUGCCACACGGGCCGACUGUCAGCUUCAGUCUGCACAACGUAGUUCUCCGUCACGACAUUCCUGGAAGCAUUCGGGGCAGUGUUUCUGAAGCAUACCCCCACUUGAUCUUUGAGGGAUUCAAGAGCCGCUUGGGUCAAAGGAUAGUAAAAGUCCUGAAGCAUCUUUUCCCUCCGCGCGAUCCGAUUACCACCAAGGCGAAGAUCGGAAAUCGUGUUGUAACCUUCAUGAACAAUGAGGAUAGUAUCGAAGUGAGACACCACGUGUUUGUCCGAACCUCAUAUGACUCGGUCGAGCUUGCUGAGGUUGGACCGCGUAUGACUAUGAGGCCAUUCGAAAUUCGCGGUGGUACCCUCGAAAACAAAGACGGAGACGUCGAGUGGCAUCUGACACAUUACACCCGCACUGGCAGAAAGAAGGAGUAUUUGUAG